AGGCCGGCAGAGCCACCGGAACGUCAAAGGUGUAUGCUGCUCAAGUGGUACAAUUUGAAGCAACCCGGGAUGACCUGGUGGGCCUCUACGAAGAAAUGCUCGCAACGAGAGGAGAGGAGGGACACCAUCCACUAAGCAAGCUGUGGACAUACAAGAUCGACUGCCCGGCCCACAUUUCCUUCCUUGCCACCAAAGAUGGGAAAUGCUUGGAAGCUACUGAAGUGGUUGACGAACACAACCACACGUUGAGUGAGAAGUGGUAUCAGCACCUUCCACGCCAAAGGCGGCUAAAUGAAGAGGAGAAAGAUGAAGCCAAAAAAGUCCUCGCACUCAAAGCGAAUAAGAAAUGCGUACAAGGUUACUUUUUCAGCGGCAGGAAGAAGGUGCUCCUGCGUGACCUUCAUAAUUUAACAACUAUGAAGGAGGAUAGUGUUAAAGGGUCAACGCUUGACUCCACUGCUUCACGCGUGCAGGAAUCUGGUGGCACUAUGGACAUACUUGUAGACAGUGAUGACGUACUGGUUGGCCUUUUCUACCAGGACAGCGACAUGAAAAGGGCAAAUGAGAAUUUUCCUGAGGUUGUUUUUGUUGAUGCAAACACAAGGCAAACGACAAACGGAUGCCAUUGUAUGUGGUCCUUGUAGAAGAUUCUAAUGGUGAGAGCGAAGUAGUGGCUCUGAUAUUGUGUGCACGUG